UCCAGUGUGGCAGUGGUAAGUAAGUGGCAAUGGUGGUUUCCCUUCAUCUGGAUGGAUGGAUGGAUCAAGUUGAAGCAGGAGAGGAGAAAGCAGAGGCAGCAGAGCCAAGAUUUUCAGUCCACCUCUCACCUUUCUCCGCUUUUAUCCAUCUCCGCUGCAGCUGCUCUCCUUCCUCCUCUAAAUUUCCUAAUAUUUCACCAAAUUUCCAAUCCCCCCUAAAUUUUAAUUUUUCCCAGUAAAACGAACCAAUCUCUACAUAUUCUCGGCUGAAAAUAUCAACCCCUUGGCAGUAAGAGUGAAGGGGAGCGAGCAUAAAAAGAUCUAAUGCUAAUCAAAAUUAAUAGUUGGAUUAUUUUUUGUAUUUAAUUCGUCUUCCUGCUACUUAAUUGUAGUAAAAGUUGACAUUGAAAGUGAGAAAGAUACAGGGAGAAGACUAAUAAGGACAAUCAGGCAAUUUUUUGCAGUCCAUUGGAGGAUCACUUGUUUGAUGAGAAAAACCUGUUAAGUUUUGUCACGAAAGGGACUAUUCUAAAAAAGACAGUACACAACACGGUAUAUAAAUUUCAUAUCAAGAAAAGCGAGGGUUAUCAUCACCGUUCAAAUAUAUACGUAUUGCUGGGAAUCAAUUUUGUACCUUUGGUCCGGAAAUCAAGAAAUUUUGUGAGAUUGAAAUCCUUUUUGUACGUCUGGCUAAGCUGUUGAAGUGAAGACGGGUGACGGGGAUUAAUUGAAAUUCUAUGAGGAUAAGAUAAGCAGGUGGAUAAUCAUUCCUGUACGCAUACUGACCCAAUUUAUUCAUACGCCUGCGACAAGUCCGCUCAUCUAUGUGCUCAAGAUGAUGAGGCCUGGUGCUGUACUUUUCGAAGAUCCUCAUGUCUUCAUCACCGUUUGCUCAACAGCUGGUCAGGCCAAGUUUGGAAAGCACAUCAUAAGUUUGGACAGAAGAUUGGAGCUGAAUUGGACUAAUUUCCAAGAUUUUCGAAACGGCGAUAUAAUUGGCGUUUUCGAUUUUGACGUGAACAAAGAUCUGAGGGAAAAGGACAAGGGAAAAUCAAUCGUCGAGUUGGCGAAAGAAUCUGCAGCGGUGACAGGACAACGUGGCUGCUAUAAGACAUCCGUGAGAUAUGAACGUCGCCCAUUGUGUGCCAAAGACAGGUCACUGGGCUACUGGGUGGCUUACUUGCGGUUCCAAACGGGGUCAUGGGUUGUUGUAAAAUCAAACUUCUUGAAAGUUCGACCCCUUUGGAUGAGGGAGCUCAAAAACAUAAUUGGAGACAUUCCUCUUCACUCACUAAUGAUUCCUGGUUCUCAUGAUGCUGGAUCAUGGAUGGAAUAUGAUCAUGGAACAUGUGAAAAUAUUUAUGUGCGGUACUACAUCUGUCAAGAGGAUUCGAUAUACGAUCAAUUGAUACAUGGUAUCCGGUAUCUUGAUGUAAGGGUAGCAUUCUAUCCGGAAACUGAAGAACGAUUCUGGGUCAAUCAUGAUAAGUACAGAGUGCAUCCACUAUUGACUCUGCUCACUGAUGUUCGGCGAUUCGUCGAGGAAACAAAGGAAAUUAUAUUUUUGGAUUUUCACUCCUUUCCCAUUGGAUUUAGUGGACCUGAAAUCCAUGAAGAGCUUAUCAAGUUUGUCAUGUCUCAAAUCGGGAAGCAUUUGGUGCCCACGUCUUACCCUACAUCUGUAACGACUAAUAUGCUGUGGAAAGCCAACAAAAACAUCAUUUGGACGUAUGCCGAGGACUCUUUUGCUUCACAGGAUGAUAACAAAUGUUUAUGGCCGUAUCUACUGCAUGCCUGGGGAAAUAAACGGAAACCUGAACAUUUGGAAAAAUACAUGGAUGAAGCUAUUCAAAAACAUGGAGGUCAAGGAAUAUUUUAUUCCCUCAUGGCGGAAUUAACGCCAAAGCCGAUUGACUACAUUUCAAAACCGAGGUUUGGACUUCGAGGUUUCGCGGAAUUGGUUAAUCUGCCAUUAACCUACUGGUUCCAGUCGAAGGAGUGGUAUUCAAAGUGCAACAUCGUAUCCACAGAUUUCCAUUUGGGAAAUAACAUAAUUGAGAUGGCAAUUGAUGUCAACACGCACAAAGUAUUACCGUCAUUGUGUUAGUAAUGUCCCUUUAAAUCCUGUCCAAAAGAAAUAUUUCCAUUCCGGCCCAAUUCCAAAUCAUAGAAUACCAAACUAUCCAAAAUUCGUUAUUUUAUACAUCCAGUAAGUCCAGUGAUAUUAUGCUUGCCAAAAAAUUCAACGUGUGUAACAGAGUACGAUGUAAAACAAUACAGAAAACCGAGUACAUAUUGCAAAGUGGUAUGAAUCUAAAUCUGUGUAGAUUGUAGCACUGAUAUAGUAUGUAGUUCUAUUGAUAUUUGUAGGUUCAUUUUAUCUAGACAGCUACGUAGAAUCUCGUCCAUUCCCUACAUACUUGACCUCAAUCACAGCAACUCCAAAAAGGCAUCUUUAUGAAUAAUUCAAUUCACUCGAACCCAGUUUUCAAUUGCGUAUUUCACUUCACCAACCAAAGUGGAUACUUUUGACAUGCGGAGGCAAAGAGCAUUCCGAUUUCUCACAUAGUUAGUAAUAUACAUACGUAUGUACAUACCCUUAGUUUAGAGCUCAUUCUUCUUUAUACGAAUGAUGAUGCAUCAUCACAAUAGUGUUAAACUCUAGUCGUUGAUUGAUCAAAGAAGUUCUUUUAUAGACUUGGCCUGGCUACAUGCGAAGGAGAGAGGAGCGGAUUUGGAAACUUUCACACAAAUGUGAUUGCUUCCCUUUCUGCUCGCAUUUGGCACGGGUGAUCAAUCCGAUUUAACAUUGUCGGUUCAUCCUGGCAGAAAAUUGUUGAGAGCCCUUUCACUGCAAUAGAUACGCUGAAAAAAAGACAUUUCAUACUUCCUUCGUUGUCUUCUUGACUAUUUCUGUCACUUUUUAAAUCUGUAAUCCAUACGUAGUUUACGCUGGGAACAUAUUUUAAUGAGCAUCUCAAAAAUGUAUAGUAUGUCAACUAAAUUUAUAUGUAUACUAACCGCAACUAUUACUUACUACUACAUAUUUAUGUAUAUGUUUAAUAAGGUUGACUUUUUGUUAUUUUUUGCAACUUUUUUUAGCAAGUUUUAUACCCAAUUGAGUGGGAUGAAACUACUACUUUAAUUUUAAUUUUUUUUAACGCACACAUCAUCAUAAUUCGCCUUCUAGCCUGGGGCGAACUUACAUACAUAAAAUAAUUGGAAGGUUCAAUAGGUACAUUUUCAGACAAAUGUUCAGAUAAAUUGAAAAAAUUGCUGCAAAUUUCAUAAGUGCUGAUUAAUAGGGAACUUGCUUGGGUCUAUACAAAAACAAACUAUAUACAGUUAUUGCAACUUUUGUUCCUAAUUUCAAUAAUUUAUUUGCUCAGGAAAGGCAACAAAGCGGUCUCAUGUGUGGAAUCUAUUAACACUUAUUAUUACUAAAAUAGCUUACAAUGUGUAAGUACAAUGUAAUAUGUAUGUACUGGCAUUUUGACUCAUUUUAACAUAUUCGUGAUAGCAAGUAAUCAAUUUUAAUGUAAUACAUUAACUUUUACCGUAAAAUGGAAAUGAGUCUAAUACUAACAUAUAUAAGAAUCAGUUGAACAUUAUUUACACUGGUUGAUGGUAAGGAAGGAAUGAAGGGAGAAAAAUCAUGCAUUUUUAGUCGGCAUAGGUCAUUUUUGUCAGUCUUGUAGUGUUAAAAUUACUGCAAUCAGCAAACUUUAUACACGUAUAAAUAAACUUAUACUUGUAAAUAUGUACAUGUAUUAAUAGUAAUAGUUCAAUCGUGCUAAAGGAACAAUUAACAAAUUGAUGUUCAUUAUUCUUCCAUAUAAUAUUGAUUCAGCAUAGUUUCAUACAGAUUGAAACGAUUGAAAUAGUUGGUGUCUAAUUUUCUAGCUAAAAAAUAAUAGAAAUUGGGAUAAGUGUAGAUCGUAGCGCUAUUCUGAUAUAGCCAUACUCAAUUAGAAGUCUUCUCAUUACAUUACAUACAGAAUGGUAUACUACUUGAUGCGACAAAUGUGUAUUGUAUUGUCACAAAAACGUGUAAGUAAACAAGCAGUGAAACAUGGUUAAGUGAUAUAUAAAAUUUAUUCAACAUUGUAUUGUUAACUACCCCGGUGCAUGAUCGUGUUUUAAUCGAUAUUGAUGAAUAAUAAAUUGUAUAGAAUAUCGUGUUGUAAUAA